CAGAAUUUAGCUUCUAAAUUUGAAGUUUUGUCUUAGAUGAAAUGACACAACUUUUGUCUUACAUCAACUUUACAUCUAUCUAGUGUUUAGCAAAAUAGUUGGAGAGCACACAUGGUUGUCAGUUUGAAAUGUCUCAUUUCCUGUCAGUGAGGAAAGCGUUGGUUUCAACAUCUCAAAAAGGUGGGGUUAUUUUCUGCUCUUAGUUCCUGCUUUUUUCAGUCAACAUUAUAUGUUAAGCCUAACAGGUUAAUAUUCGAACUAUUAAUACAUCUUGACAACAAACCCGGGUUAUCCUUGUAGAGUCACAGUGUGAAGCACCAGGGGCGUGUAACAGAAGAUCCGAGGCCAAAAUGACCAGCUUUACCUUCAUUCUUUUUCUGCCAAUGGCAGCAAUCAGCACAGUAAAAUCUGAGCUGCAAAUCAUCACCACAGAUGUGACAACAGGCAAAAUGACCCAAAACACCCAGUUGGCAACACGACAGCCAUCAACUUUAGAACAGCUGUCAGAAAUCCCGUCCGUCAACACUACAACAACUACCAGUGUUGAUGGGAAAACACCAGAGGACCCAAGAAUCUCUACUCCUUCACUGCACACAAGUCAGAUGACGCUUCCAGGAAUACUUUCAGUAAAUACUGAGAGAGCAUCAACUCCCACCAGUUCAUCAAAUACACCAACUGUUAAGUCUAACGUUCAGAAAUCCAUAACAACGAUUCUGACUAGUCAGACAAGCCAGCGAAUCAACAAUUCAACAGCACCCCCGAUGCUAAGCAACAUUACACAAAACCGCGGCACACAGAGAAUAUCAGCCUCACAGACCAAGUUAAAUGAAGUGACCUCCUCAUUUAUACCUUCAUCCACAUUGAUGGCCAUUCAUACGAAAACCACAUCUAUCAAGUCUGAAGAAAGAAAAUCUAAAAGUACCAAGCGAGUUCCAGGUGGUGACACAUCCCAACCCUCCACCUCAGAGACGUCAAUCAUUGACAAGGCAGAGAAAAAAGGUUCACAAGACAGCAAAGUUGUGGCAGCAAUAAUAGGUUCAAUGCUGUCACUGAUGAUUGUGGGAUUUCUGCUCAUAUACAUCCGCAAACAUAGACUUCAGAAGGAGCAGACGACUACUAGCUGGGCAGGUCCUUCGCCACUACUGGAUGGGGAAGCUAACAAUGGCAAUGUGGUAUUGGGAUCAUCCAACCGAAUUUCCCUGACCAGUUUUCUGCCUCAAAGACUUUCAAAGACAUUCUCUUUACUUCCAGAAACAAAUGAGAUGACAGAUAUUACGUCAAGCGCCACAUUAGAAGAAAAACACCAAGGAAGCACCUUUGGUCAAGCUAUCGAUGGAAAUGAUGCACAGGAAAAAUAGUUUGCAGCUGCUGUUCUAGAAGAGAACACUGGAAGUGAAACUGAAGAGAUAGCUGUAAUGUCUGCCACAGAGAUCUCUUUAGUGAACCAGCAGUUGUCCUCAGACACAGUCGUUCUGGUAUUUGGAGUUUUCAGCUUUCGCGGAAAAACAAAAGGUGGCCAUACAUGGUCAUAAGGCCUCUUAUUAAUCUGAAAGCAGUAUGCAGUUAAUGUUCUGUCUGAGACUGGAUUUUGGGGCACUGUGAAAGUUUGUACCGUGUUCCUUAAUCAACAUUAAUACAGCUAUUACCUGGAUCAUUAUGAUCACAUCAGCACACAGAAACUAAACCUACAAAAUCAAAAAAUAUGGCUAUCAGAAAUUAUCUGAAUCUUUUUGUCUUGGGGAAUUUAUUUGGAUAGUACAAAAUGCAACUCCGUAUGUUUAGAUCUAUCUUGCACUUUAAUGAAAAGCAGAAGGAAGUGUUGUAAGAGGAACACACAGCAAGAUACAAUGUUGCCGACAUGCCACAUGCUUGAUUUGCUCUCCACACAGUAAUACAGAAUGCACUGUGAACAAAAGAUCUUCAGAACACAUUCAUGAGACCAUAUGCAAGGAAAUAUAAACUCAAUAAGCAGGAUAUCACAAACGAGUUUAGAUUUUAGGACCUAGAAAACUAAAUAUGGAGUUUUUGAAUCAGGCAUUUCUUCUUUAACCACUUCAAGGUGUUUUAUAAUAAAGUGCAACACAAAUGCUUCUUUGUCAGAGCUCUGUUUAGAGUCCGCUGUGUUUUGAAAUGUUGAAAUGGUUGUUCAAUAUGAUAGAUAGGUGGAUGCUUUAUUUGUCAAUGUGGGAAAAUGAAUGUCCAUCCAUCCAUUAAAUCUGCUCAUAUACAUCCGCAAACAUAGACUUCAGAAGGAGCAGACGACUACUAGCUGGGCAGGUCCUUCGCCACUACUGGAUGGGGAAGCUAACAAUGGCAAUGUGGUAUUGGGAUCAUCCAACCGAAUUUCCCUGACCAGUUUUCACGCUUAAAAAAUUAGUUCAGGCAUGUGUUAGUCCACUUGCUUUGAUCUAUUCAAUUCUAUGAAAAAGAGAAAGAUGGAUAAUUUAUAAGGUGGGUUAUCUAGAGCACACAAACUUAUUUUUUAAAAAGUGAAACCUGAUCAAAUUUAUGGAUUGUAUUCAAUUCAAAAAUGGUCAAAUUAUGUAUGGAGCAAAACAACAGUUGGCAGAAAAUAAUAACAAAAAACUUCUCCCAAAGAAGAGGCUUAGGGGAGAAGAAAAUUUUAGAAAACAAGAUUACAUUUUGUUUAAUUUAAUUUUGUUUAAGGAAACAAAGCAUGGACAAAAAUUAUAAUAAUUUGCAACAGUACUUUACGCUGUGUAAAUUUCAAUACACUUUUAAAAACGACUAGUGCAAAUACAUAUGAAUGAAAGCGUUUUAGGUGCAAAAUGGGCUUCCAUUGGCAUGUUGUUGGGUGAUUUUAAAUGAGUGCAUGUGUUAUGUAUGUAUAUCGCAUUAUAAAGAACAGAAAAUAGUUUUUGGUUGUUUUGAAGUUGUACUGCCAUCUCACAGGAGUAUGUUGAUUAUGCAGAUGCUGUAGACUAGAGUCUAAUGAAGUAUUUGUGUAAAUAAUUUCUUUGAAAGUGUAAAGUGAAUAUUUGUGACAUGGAGAUCAAAUUGCAUGAAAACAUAUUUAUAGCUUGGGAAGUAUUUGGAUCCUUUAUUCAAGACUGAAAUGGACAAGAAACUGGAUGAGUUAGUUGGAGCUAAGAUUUAAUAAACGUUGGUGUUUUCCUAUGCCUUUUCAAACCAAGUGUUAAAGUUUAAUUUCUGUAUUUGGUUACUAUUCCUAUUUGUUUGUCAUUAUUUCUCUAAGUUGACAUUUGUUUUUAAUGUUGGAAAUAAAAUGACGUUAUCAUCGUCAUCCUUUUUCUUUCUUCUUACUGUUGGAAUUCUGGUCAAGAACGAAACAUCG